AUGUCCAUGCAUCCUGUCAGCCAGAUUGAAAUCACUAACGGUGAUGAUCUCAUGUAUUUUACCGAGCUCGAACCCUUUUCAAGUGGCCUUGCUUCCAAUAUAAAAGGCUGCCCUUUCUUGGCUACCUUCUUGCUCCUCUUUUCUUUACUAUUUACCACUGCCUGUUUCUAUUUUAUUGAGCUAUCAAAUUUCCGUUUUGUCUUUAACGAAUACCCUUUGCAUUGCCAGGAACCCAACGCUGUGAUUCAAUAUAUUCAAUAUACCAUUGUCCGGGUUACGUUUUUAUCCAGGAUAAGCAGCAAAAUUCAGCCCCUCAGAUCCAAUCUCGCUUUGACUCUCUUAUUGUGUCAGGAGAAAACAUCUAUAUUCGCCUUUGCGAUUCUGUUUUCAAUGCGUGGGAUAAGCCCUGUUAACACCCCCACUGGUGGUAGAAGUUCUGUCCCAUAUGCAGUCAGCCCUGUGAGUUCUAUACGCCAUCAUAAUGUCCUCGACGCAGGACAAGCGUAUAACUUCCAGAACGCAGAGAGCGGCUCCAUGGUGCAAUAUGGAGGGGCUCAGAAACGAGACACGGGCGUUGUAGAGGUCGAGGGCAGACAGUAUCCGUAUGAUAUGGACUCACGGGAGAGACUCAAGGUCCGCAACAUGCUCGAGAGACAGAAAAAGGCUGGCAAGACCAGCGUUGAGAUUGGAAAAUAUCUCCUCCAGACGUAUAAUAAUCGGGACCAAGGACUUGGGGGUAUUGUGACGUAUCUGUUUGGCAACGGGCAUCCAUACGUUAGCAUCACUGCUAUUGUUAUGAAGGCUGUUGGUUUGAAUCCACCGGUCCAGAACAGCUAUAGAGCAGAGUCAGCUUAUGCUACUCCAACGCCUUCCCGCCCAUCUCCAAAUGGUCAUAAGUUGUUGAAGUAUGAGGCUAACAGCCGGGCUGGUACCCCUGCGCGAGGCACAGUUAACCCAAAGUACAUCUUUGAAGACAGUGAGGAGCCUCCCUUUUUGCGACCGGCUACGCUCGAGCGUAUCCAGAGGGGAUAUUUCGAUCCAAAGCUUGACUGGGGGAGAAAGUAG